AUGCCUCCAAUAUGUAGAGGAAAUCUUCCUUUUCGCCAUGGGGACUCAUCAGAUGCUGUUGAAUUAGCCUCUCAGAGGCACAAUGUAGCAGAUUUACAGAUUUCACGCGAAAACCCAACUUAUGCUAUACCUCAGGUAGUUGUUAAGGGCAUUGUAUUGUUUGUUUCUGGGGAAUCAACUGUACCUCCUACUGCAGAAGAAAAAACGCCCAAUUCAGUCACACCCUUGAUUUUAUCGACAACAGAAAAUAGAUCUUCAGAGAUAAGUAGCAGUUCAGUAGCUUCUAAUGAUGAAGAAGAACCUGAAAAAGUGGCGUCAACUGCAUCUAAUAUUGAGCUUGAUGAGGCGUCAAAGACAUCAGAGCCAAUAAAUGGCAACAAAACUCAUAGUAUUGUAAACUCCGAAGUAUUAUCGACAGAAGUCCUUACAACAUUAUUGUCGACCGAUCCGACAAGUGAAGAUUCGGAACAUGCAAGUUCUACUGAAAAAUAUCAGGAUCGAAAGGAAAUGACUUCGACUUCUAAGGAUAACUUGAUCUCUGAUAAAGAAUAUGAAACUAGGAUUGAUCUUCAUUUUGCAGAAGAUGCUUCUGAUAAGUCGCUUCUUUCUCCGUCGAAUGAUAUAUCUGAGACUUCUACAAACAUUGUGAGCACAACAAAUGAAAUACAUAGUAAAAAAGAUUCUUUUGCAACAAUGAGCAGCGAAGAAAUAUCUCAUCAAACUGAAUAUUCCAUGUCACCGACGUCAAUGACAGCAUUUACAAGUGCAAGCAGUCCAGCGGACGAUGCACUGGUAGAAGGAAGUACACCAGUUAAGACAUUUGAAGGGAAGACAACAGAAGUCAGAAAUACUGAAGAAUACUCAGAAAAGCAGUCACCAAACCAUGUUGAUAAUGUUCAUUUAUCAGAAGAAAAAACAGCAGGAUCUACUUUGGCGGUAUCUGAAUCUACCAUGUAUUUAGAGACUGAAACUGUAGAGAUGACAGAUAAUACAGGUAGAAUGACAUCUGAAGAUCAAUCUACUGAAAAUUCAUUGAGCUUACAUAAAACAACUCCUAAAAGUGCUACUAAAAAGAGAAGUUUAAACAACACUGGCGAUACCAUAUUACAUCGCGAAACCACUGCAGCCUCGGAUUCUUUCAGUUCAUCUUUUGGACCUGAAGUGACAACGUUACUAGAACAUGGCGAUUCAUCUGUUGAUGGAAUGAUAAUCUUAACAAAUCCGAAUACUACGAAGAAAGAAAACAAUAUGCAGAAUGAAAACGAAAAUUCAGCAGAGACAUUAUCGCCUAUUGCAGCCCCGAGUAUUUCUUCUGGAUUUGGGAGUAUUGGGAAUGUGGAGGAAAAGGAAGAAAAGUUUGUUAUGCCACACUCGAAUCCGGAAAAGAGUAACGAAAAUUAUUCGACGCUGUCUGUGAAAGAACAAGAUAAUUUGAGUGAUAAGAAAACCCCUGACUUUAAAAUGGAAACUGCAAGUGUGAAUCCUACGCUCCAUUCUGAAGCUUCUGUGAUGAUUCCAAAAGCAUCAGAUGAUUAUAGCCACUUGAAUAACUUGGAUAAUGUUGACCAUACCUUUUCCGGAGUGACAUUUGACCCAGAUGGCAUGAAGAACAGCGAACCUCAAGAUCCAGACUCGGUUGUAUUUUUCGUUCCGUCUACAAAUUUCGAUAAGAUGUCGACACCUGAAAACACUUAUCCCUCUACCACUUUCACAGCAUAUGGUAGUUCUGAAUCUGAAAGAGAAUUCGAGUUUGUAACACAUAAAAACUUAAAUGAAGGAAGUGAUUCUGGAAAUGGUACUGGAGAGUCAGAAAAAAUGGAGCAUAUACCAUUGGAUAAAAAUAUAAAUAUUCCUCCUCAGCCACCGCAUAAUCCAGAGGAUUCAUCUGAAAUAUUGACCUUCGAAACUGCUAAUAAUUCUAGUUCUUCAAGCAAUUUUGUUUUUUGGGACCCAUCAAACGGUGGCUGGAUAUUGCCAAAAACCACAACGGAUACUCAAAUCAAACGAAUCGAUACGGCAUUGAACGAUGAAAGUGAGGAGAUGCUUCAAGAUGCCCCUCAAUUUUUUGACACUGAUCAUGCACAGAACAAAUCACCCUCUUCAAAUCUGAAAAUAGACCCGAAAGAAAAAGAUGAAAUAAAAACAACCAUUGGAGAUCGUACUUCAAGUUUUAGCAAAGAGCUUGAAACUGAAACAGUUACUGAAGCUGGGUUUAUAGGAUUCUCCAAUUCUUUUGUACCACAUCAAACUGAUCAGUCAGUAAUCCGUCCAGUUAAAAUUAAACUAACAAGCCCAGAUGACAAAUCUGUCUCUACCUCUGUCCUGCCUGGAUCAUUUUCAACAUUAGCGCCUGAACAACCUCCUGGGUUGAAACUAUCCGAACCAGUUGCAGGAACCAAGAUUGAGAAAAUAGAAACUAGCUCAAUGAACACAUCAAGCCCAAAUAUCCUGCCUGAUUCAACACCUAGUGUAAUUACAGAGAUAAUUAAAAAUCCGGAGCUUUCAACCAUAGUCAUUCAGCCAGAGCUUGUCCCAUUUUCUCUAGAUCAAAAGAGCCCUGCAAAUACUACUUCUGCUGCCAAUUCGACCAUAGCGGGUAUUGCAGUGAAGACUUCAGUAUCGGUAUCGUUGCCUUUGUCGAAGUCGAAAAAUGAUAGCCAAGCACUUCAACCAAUGAUUGAAGAACUUAUGGAAAAAAUGAAUUCUACAUCUUUGUUAGUAAACGGAUCCUCUAUUUCUGUGAAACCUGAAACGAGUGAGCCAAGCACGCCAACUCCUUCUGAUACUUCCACUGAUGGCCUUACUAUCACAUCUGACCAAACCACCACGGCAACUGGCUUCAAAAUCCGGAAACCCAAGAUAAAAAUCCCUGGUACGGACUCUGGCCCUAAUACUCCCAGGCCUUACAGACCCUUCACUCCGGGCCUCAAGAAACCCACAACCACGGCUGGACCACCCAUCUCCAUCUUCAGGAAACAGAAAACACGAAUAGCCUCAAUCACUUCGUCCACUACAGCUAGACCAUAUCGCCCCUUCAAUGGCAAUUUUGCUACAGUCAAGAUACAGUUUGCUAGCGAUAUUCCCGGAUUGUUGCCUCAAGAGUUUUUGAUUUCUACUCAACCCGUUACGACAACCACCACCGAACCAACAACAACCGAGGAACCGAUUUCCGAAGUGCCAUUCACAGACCAGACGCACAUUCCCACUGUGGCAAACGAAGAUGACGUCACCCUGGUCAAGGUGGCAGGAUACGUUGCGAUUGACAGGGGAUUGAGAUGGAACGACCUCCUCCACAACAGACAUUCCCCUGAAUACAAAAAGGAUGCCGAAGCGAUGCACUUAUAUCUGGAACGUAUGUUCCGAUCCUCACCGAUAGCCUCUCGCCUGUGGAAGAUCGAAAUCGACGGUUUCAGUGGCAACAAGAAGACUCGUCCUGUCGGCGUCGACUUCUUUCUAUAUCUCAUAAAGACCAGAGAGAACAUUCCCACGGAACAUCUGGCGACGGUGUUCCACGGGAAAUUAUCGGCCAACAAUACGUUCGGCACGUUCCGAGUAGAUCCCAGCAAGACGGCUUUCGAAAUGAUUCAGGAGGAGCCCUUGAAGCCGCCGACCCCACCCCCGGAGGAAGAGAACGUGGAACCCCCCAUUCCUCAGUGGGCGAUUGCUGUCAUCGUUAUCGGAGCUGCUUCUCUCAUUUUCAUCGUUCUCUUCGCUGCAGUCACAAUCUACGGCCGUCACCAUAUGAGGCGACGAUACAGCAGCAAGCUGAAUGAGGAGGACAUGGAACGAUCUUCUGGCGAGUGGGAGAGCAAGAUGGCGGCCGCCUACGAAAAUAUGGCAGCUGACACCAUCUACGACGCUGAGGAUCUGCACAGCGACUCUUACAAGAAAAAUAAUCGUAUUGCCACUUUUCACGGCAUCCCAUCGACCUUGAAGCGCUGCGACAGUUGGUCAAGCAACGGCUGGACGACACCACCGAAGAGGAAGAGGCCCCACGUCCACUGAACAACACGCCCCCAUCCCCCCAACUGCAUGCACUAAAUCACAUACAAGACGCAGCACACAUCACAGAUUCGAAAUUUAUUUUUUAUGCCUCAAAAGACAUCAUAUCGUGCAACUAUGAGGUGUCCCGCGAUGAUGGGACUUUUGUAUUGAUAAUAUUUUAGUAUAUAUUUAUAUAUUUCUUUUUGCUUUUCUCAAAUCCCUUAAUACUAUGCAGCCAACAUAUGUUAGAAGUUAUUACAUUAUUGCUCUUUUGCAAUACCAACUAAUCACAGUUGGAGUUAAAAGUGGAAAUAGUUUUUUAAUUCGUUUGUACUAAUUUCAAUAAUUCUGGUGAAUUGGUUUUGAUCGUUCCAUUUGAAGGUCAAAAAACUCUUGUAAUUCAAAACAGAAGAAAAUAUUAAUCGGUUACUAAUACAAUUCUGCUUUUGUUUUUUACAAAUAGUCAAAAGUUUUUGAGACUCCUUGAUUUUUAUUUCGGUAUUCCAGAAGUACUUAUCCAUUCAACCAAAAUUUUUCUAAUAUGUAGAGAGUUUGUUUUAUUGAAUUUUAUUUUUUGUCAAGAACUUUUGCAUUGUGUAUUUCUGAUAUCUCUUUCUAUUUAUAAAAUGGCCUAGUGAUUAAAAUUUCCUAAAAAUGCAGGGAUUACCUGAAAUGGGUAAAUAAAAUCAUUUCACCAUUUUGAAUUCGAUUAUUUUAUUUUUAAUUUUGAUCGUAUUAUGCAAUUAUAUAUGUACCAUAAUUUCAAAAAAAAUUCCACUUUAUGAAACUGAAAAAUAAUUUAAUUAGAAUAGUUAGCAUUUUGCUUGCUUUGAACUGUUAAUGUUAUAUAUUUAAGAAGUUUCAUGUCAGUACCAAAUCUAUGAGUAAUUAAGAAUUUUUACUUUGAGUUAUUUAAAAUAUCAUUUCCAACAUAAAAAAAAAGACUGGCCAAUAUCGCAAGGGACACCUCGCACGUUUAUUUGUAUGUAUUGUAAAUAUAAUUAGGUUAGCAUUUGAGAUUUUGCAAAGCUUAAAUUCUGACUGCAUGACAUGCACCGCCAUCUAUCGGAAAAUACCACCAUUUCUUACAAACUGUUUAUAGUUCACAACAGUUUCGCUUAUAUGAAUGGUUUUACACGCCGUCAAAUGAUUCAGUUGUUUGGUCCAUUUUGUUAGAUCAGCAGGAUGUAUUUUAAAGGUGUUAUUUAUUAUGAGUGUUACUUGUUUUAUACAAGACAAUGCUGCAAAAAUGUUCGAAGUUAUUCUUACUUUUAUGAAAAGUAUUUAUGAAUACAUUCAACAUAAAUUUUGGACUAAAUAUUUACAUAGUGAUGACAAUUAAAAAUUUUUAGAAUCAGACAUGAAUAAAAUUGACAAUAAAAUUCUAAAUUUACCAUAAAUAAUAUAUUGCAUUUUCAUUUUUUAGUAUUUAUGGCGACAAAGCAUAUGUCUGUUUAAAACGAAGUGGCACUUUUAUUCUAGUCACAAGACUGCGUUAUUGUCGAUAUUUAUCGCAGCAUUUUUCGAGUUUUGUUGGUGUAAUUCUAUUCAUUUUUGUAUGUUUUUCUAGUAUGCUGAUAAAUUAAUCAAAGUUGCAAGAGUGAAGAAAGUUAUCACCUUAUGAUAGUAUUAUCACAUCACUUGAAUAUUUAUUGUAUUUUUGACGCAUCACUCAAUGGCAUAGUUUUUAAUUACUUGUAUAAAAUUAAAAUAAACAAAACAAUAUGAAAUUUUUAAAUUAUACUACAAAAAAUGCAUGAACUGUCUUCAUACAUGAAUCGUAUUUGAACGUUAAUAUAAAGUAUUUGCAUUGAAGUAUUAUCAAAGAUUGUUAUUUUGGUAUUAGGCAUCUGAUGUUUAUUAAUUCACUGUUGAAAAGCUGUGUUAUUGGUAAUUAUAUAUGACUAAGCAACUUCUGAAAGUUGUAAUUUUAAUGUGACAUUGUAAAAUAUUGACAUUGGAGGUGUUUUUCCGUUAUUAGUUAAAUGCUUGAGAAUUUUAACUCUAUAAAACAAAAACUUAGACAUUUCUGAACAACUAAAAAAACUUGUUAAAAUUUAUGAGAUUCUAUUUUAAUUGUUACUGGAUUAACUGCGUUUUGCAUACUUAAAUAAAAAAUGACACUGUUUCAAUCUACAAAAUUAGCAUUUUAGAAUUUUUUUUUUUUGUAGGAUUUCUAGUGUAUUCUAGCGUGCAUUCUUUGCACAGUUGAAGGUGCUAGUUAUCAAUUGGUUAGAAAGCAAAUAAUUAGUGAUUUAUUGGUUAGAAAGCAAGAAUUUAUAAAAUUAAUCCCGAGACUAAAUAUAUAAGCUUAUUCUUAAAAACACUAUUAAUUUAAACAUUUACAAGAAUAAUUGUCAUGCCAGUUAGUAACAUGUACAAACAGUAAUUCAAUGAGUACAAAAUAAUCUUUUAAAUCUGUAACAACAAUGUUGUAAAUAACUUUUGUUUUUGUUUCAUGGUGUUUUUUAGAAAUUCAAUGAAAGCUAAUUAAUUUUAAUUUUGCAGAAGCUGCGUUUGCAAAACAGAUAUAAAACUAAUAGCUUAAGCUUUUGAUACAUAAAGUAAUCGAAAGCAAUUUCUAACACUUAAAUUUAAAAAUUCAAAAGUCACACCAGAAAAUUUACAAAUUUUCGAAUACAUGGGAAAUAGCAUUCAUGCCCAAAAAUAUUUUUUACGAUCUUAAAAUAUAGUUUUAAUAACUGAAAGAUAUUGUAGAUUGUAAAUGUAGGAGUAUCUGAAACUGUUUCUGAGCCUUACAUUUUUCAUAGAAAAAAGUAUAGGUUAUAUAAGUAAUGAAAGUAUAAGUAAAAAUUGCGGUGCUAAUAAUGCUUAUCGAGCUAGUAUACUGAUGAAUUAAAUCAUUUUUUUUGUGAUUUUUUUUUUUUUUCGUUCCGUAAUCAAAUUUUUUUAUCCUGUCGUCGAUGACACACAGAAAUGUUGGAGUAGCUGUAAUAUUGAUGUAUAUCAUUUGUGUUAAUAUCUAUUUGGCAGUUAUUCUUUAUUUUGAAGCACGUUAUUUAAAACUUGAAAUAUUAAUAUUUGAUUUCUUUUAAUAAUUUAGGUAAGCUCCAUUUCAAGAAUAUUAAUUUCUUUUAUAUCCGUUACUUACAUUCAAAUUCUCAGAUGCAAGACUCUUUGAUUGGACAUAGUGGCACACUUUGUAGAUAUUCUGUCCUUUCCGCUCUAAUUCUUUAUAAUUAUACUUUCGUGAUCAUAUUCUUAUGUAUUUAUUUAACUAUUUUAAUAGUAUAUUCCAUUUAGAAAGCUAAAAAAUGAAUGUAAUAAACUUUAUUAUAUAUUUAUUGUCUUAAUGAUAAUUAUUGCUAGUUAUUUAUUGUGUGGGAUCUCCUAAUUAUCAAUUUGUUUUUUUUUAUUAUUUUAAUAAUGAGUUUCGUUUCGAAAACUAAAAACAAUGUACCGAAUAAUUUUAUUCUAUAUUUAUUUUCUACUCGAUAAUGACUACGAGUCGUUAUAUUUAUGGAGUCAAAUUGAAUCUCUUAAUUUCCAAACGCUCAGUAGCCUUUAGCUGAGCAUUUGUGCAUUUACUGAAGCAUUUAUGUAAAAAUCCAGAUCAUGCCUAAUGUGCAUGUUUUAAUGGACACUGCAUUGACCUGUGCUCAGUAUCUUACCAGCUUUAGUGGUUUGUUAUCGAUAGCUAUAUAACUGUAAGUGCUAUCUCCUCCCAUGCAUUUACGAUGUAACAGGAUAUUCGAACAUUCCAUUGAAACCAAGGUUAUUUGUGCUCUACUUCUCAUUAUCCUGAGGAAUAUAUUCAUAUUGUAUUGUUAAUACUUUUAAGAGAGCCUCUUGUGAUAUUUAAAUUUCUGUAACUUUGCUUCUUUGUUUGAAUAAAGUUUGCACUACUAGUUUAUGAAA